CCUCACAGCACAGGGGCCUGUAGGAACAAAAAACCGGGACAGGGAAAUGUUUACGCAAGCGUAGUCAGGAUCGCCCAAAGAGUUAAGGGGGGGGGGGGGCGUUGGUGGCUGUGAAGACGGAAGUGUUACGUAGGUGGCGGUCCGCUUAAGGGUGGUAGAGGGGCUGGCACGUUGGGCUUUUGCAGUGUGGGCGCCGCUGGAAUUUAACCUGAAGCUGCUUUGGUGAAGGAUGCUGUGGAGCCUGAGCAGGAGAUGAGAUAAAGGCUGCAGUGGACGUCUGAUGUUUUUGUUUGGAUGUGAGAGGGCGUCACAGCCGUACUGCUAAGCAUAUCGGUGUCUAUAGGUCUUAGCGCCACCUGUUGAAAUUUGGGUCGCUCCCUUCGCUUGCCAUGGAAGAACGGGCGUCUAAUGCAGCAGACAGCAUGGAAAAUCUCCCGUGUAGAACCGACAAUGCUACAAGUGGGAGCAAAUUAUCUAUAGUGGAGGAGAAGGAGGAGGACGAUUGCCAGGGCCUGUGGAAGCUGCCCGUGGAGAGCAGUGUUCGCAGACGCGAGUGUGGCCGCUGCGGCCGUCCUCAAAAGGUGUGCUUGUGUCCAUUCUUACCAGUCCAUUCCUUGGAAGUUUCUACCUGUCUGUACAUCAUUCAGCAUCCAGCAGAGGAAAGUAGAGUACUACGAACAGUGCCUCUGCUGGCUGCUUGCCUGCCUGAAGAAAAAUGUAAAGUUUUGAUUGGUCGUCGCUUUAGUGAAGACAGGUACCCUGAGCUAGCAUCUGUGUGCAGAAAUCCUAAUACCUUGAUAUUAUAUCCUGGAGCUGGAGCAGCAAAUUUGGAAGAUGUAGAAUUGAACUUUCCGAAUCCCUGCAUAAUCAUAAUCAUUGAUGGAACAUGGAGUCAGGCCAAAGAUAUAUUCUUUAAGAACUCCCUUUUUCGAAUACCUAAGCAAGUGCAACUGAGAACUAGCCUUUCAAGUCAAUAUGUUAUUCGUACACAGCCCACAAAUGCAUGCCUGUCCACGCUUGAAUGUGCAGCUAAUGCUCUUGCGAUCAUGGAAAAAAAUAAUGAUAUUAAAGAGACUAUACUACGGCCUCUUCAAGCUUUGUGCUCUUUCCAGCUUCAGCAUGGUGCCCAAAUUCAUCACAGCAAAGAACAUCUUCUUAAAAAUGGUUUAUAUGACAAACCUAUGCCAAAAAAUAAACGCAAACUCAGGAGAAUGGAACUCUUAGUUAAUAAUGUUAAAAUUUAGUGAUGUCAUGUAGUCAUAAUAAAGACUUUUAAAAUUCCUUUUACCUAAUGAAGUGAAGUUUGGUAUGAGUUUAAUCCAAACAGCCAUUUCUUUAAUAAAGGACCAAAUUUAGUUCAAGCAUUAUAGAAAAAAAAAACCAGAACAGAAUGCUUAUUGUGUUAGGAGAUAAAGUAGGGCCUUUGUUUCCCCAGUUUAUCAUACUGUGGUCUCUAACUGUGGACUUCUUUGAUUUUUCUUAUGGAAAGGUUUUGGCAUUGCUGAAUGAAGUACAAAGAUUUUUUAUAAGGCAAUGGUAAGGAUUCAGUAACUCAAUUUAUAAGAAUGUGGAAUACUGGACUGCAAAUUUCUUCAUUUCCCACUGGAAGUAUAUUCAUACUGCCAACAGUAUGCCAAAGAAUCCAGGACUUCUACUUUACUUAUAAAAUAUUAAAGUGUUUUAAACAGA